AUGCGCCAUGGCCACUUCACCAUCCGAGGCACCCCAAAAUCGACGCGCACCGAAACGAAGAAUCAGGCGAAUGAUGAUACGAGUUCGAUCACGGAUGAUGUGCGCGGAGCAGAAUACUAUCACGGACUUGUGCCGCGUACCGACGUCGAGCCGCUGCUGAAGAAGGACGGGGAUUUCCUGUUGAGGAAGACUGAACAUACCCCUGGCGUGAUCGUGCUGGCGAUUUCGGUUCGCGUGGGGACGGCGGUGCGUCACUUCAUGAUCAACCAAGAUCCCAGCGGAACAUUCUAUCUGGAGGGUCAUCACGAAAAGUCCAUCUCGGAACUCAUAAAUUGGCAUAGGACGACAAAGACCCCGCUGUCGGCCACCUCAAACGCCGUGCUGAAGCGACCGGUGGAGAGGACGGCCUGGCUGCUCAACCACGAUUCCAUCACACUCGUCAAGAAGCUUGGAGAGGGAGCUUUUGGGGAGGUAUUUCUGGCUGAAUACGCGAUGGGUAAGGACAAGCAAGAGGUGGCGGUGAAGACGAUGCGCACCGAGGUGACCCGCGAGGCUCGCCUCAAAUUCAUGAAGGAGGCCCGCCUGAUGAGAAAGUACAGCCAUAAACAUGUCGUCAAGAUUCUUGGUGUGGCGGUGCACGAGCACCCGUUGAUGCUUGUGAUGGAGGUGUGCCCUGGGGGUUCUCUACUCUCCUAUCUGCGCAAGAAUAAGGGCAAAAUGGAUGGCGCCAUCAAGAUUCGAUUCGCUACGGAAGCGGCCGACGGACUGUGGUAUCUCGAGAAGCAGUGCUGCAUCCAUCGUGACAUUGCCGCCCGGAAUUGUCUCCUCAGCGGCAAGGCGGAGGUCAAGAUCUCCGAUUUCGGGAUGUCGGACGACAAGAAGAUUGUACACGACGACACCCUGGACAAGGUGCCCGUCAAGUGGUUGGCCCCGGAGACGCUGCAGGAUAAGCUGUACUCGCUGAAGACCGAUCAACCUUUACCACUGUUUUUGGGUGUGCUCGUGUGGGAGAUCUACGCCGACGGAUCGGAGCCCUACCCGGGACUGUCCAACAUCCAGACACGCGCCAAGAUCAUUGUCCAGAAUUACCGGAUGGAGAUGCCGAAGGACUGCCCCCCGAGUGUCGCCAAGCUCAUCUACCAGUGCUGGGAGAAAGAAUCGAAGGCUCGCCCCGAGAUGGGCAAGAUCUAUCGCUCCCUCAAGGAGAUCAAGGAACGAUCUACCCGCCAA